AAAUGUAUUGGGCGCGUGGCGUCAAUGGGUUGGCCAGAUCGUUCUGUCAUAAGCAAUGCUCACGGUGAUCUAGAAAGCAGACUCAGACACGUGAUGAGUGUAUUAAAAGGUUUAUUUACAAAGUAACAUAGCACGUCUGACUAAAUUAGGCUGGUCGGAGUGGAACUGCUGCAGGAGAGUAACUGGAGUGGUCUGCGUGAAGAGGGACAGUCAGAGGGAAGGAAUGAUAUGCGGGAUACUGCGAAGUCCUUCAUCUUGAGAUGAACAAAGGAAGAGUAAAGCGAAGUCAGAACACUGCUGGAGACAGAGGACGGUGGGCAAACAAAACAGAAUAUCUUCUGGUCGUUGCAGGAAAUGUGGUGGGUCUGGGCAACGUGUGGAGAUUUCCUUAUCUCUGCUACAAGAAUGGUGGAGGUGCCUUUCUGGUGCCAUAUUGUCUCUUAGCUGUGGUGUGUGGAAUACCAUUGUUCCUAAUGGAGACUUCAUUUGGUCAGUACACUCAAGAAGGAUUUAUCACCUGCUGGAGGAAACUGUGUCCACUGGCACAAGGAAUUGGAUAUGGAGCUUUCAUAAUGAAACUUUAUGACUUUAGCUACAUUUUAAUACAAGUCUGGGCUCUCUUCUACCUCGUGUUUUCAUUCAGCUCCCAGCUCCCAUGGGUCAGCUGUGAGAACACCUGGAAUACAGCUAACUGUCUUGGUCUUUACUCAUCUAAUGGGACUGCAAAUCUAACCAACGCCACCUCUGCUGCAGUCGAGUUCUGGGAGCAUCGGAUGCUGGGCAUGUCUGCAGGUAUCGAGGAAAUGGGCAGUGUGAGGUGGGAGCUGGCUCUUUGUUUACUGGCCAGCUGGGUGUUCUGUUACUUCAGCAUUUGGAAAGGUGUCAGAUCUUCUGGAAAGGUAGCCUAUUUCACAGCCCCAUUUCCCUAUGUGAUACUCCUAAUACUGCUCAUUAGAGGGCUGACUUUACCAGGAGCAUGGGAAGGAAUUUACUUCUACCUGUAUCCAGAUGUGAACCAGCUGGCUAACCUUGAGGUCUGGAUUGAAGCAGGCUCUCAAAUAUUCUUCUCCUACAGCCUGACAAUGGGGACUCUAAAUGUUCUGGGCAGCUACAAUGAUUACAACAAUAACUGUUAUAAAGACUGCUUUUGGCUGUGUCUGCUGAACAGUGGAACCAGUUUUGUUGCUGGGUUUGUCGUCUUCUCUGUACUGGGAUUCAUGGCAGAGAAACAGGGUGUAACUGUGGAUGCUGUGGCUGAGUCAGGUCCAGGUCUGGCCUUCAUUGCUUACCCUCAGGCUACAGCGAUGAUGCCUUUGCCACAGUUUUGGACCGUCUGCUUUUUCCUGAUGCUCAUUCUGCUCAGUGUCGACACACAUUUUGUGACAGUAGAGAGUGUCAUCACCUCCAUCAGUGACUUCUUUCCGACGUUGCUUCGUGCUCCGGUGAGGCAUGAGAUCUUUGUCCUUAUCUUCUGUUCAGCCUUCUUUCUCGUACAUCUGACCAUGGUCACUGAGGGAGGAAUUUACAUAUUCCAGCUUAUUGAUUACUACGGUUGCACCAGAGCUUGUCAGGAUUGUAUGGCUGUUUGUCAGUGUGUGGCUAUAGCCUGGAUUUUUGGUGCUGAACGUUUUUCCAACAUUAUUCAGGACAUGGCAGGACAGAAACCAUCUGCCUUCUUUAAUCUGUGCUGGAGAUACAUCAUUCCUCUGCUGACACUUUCUUCCUUCAUCUUGUACCUCGUUGAUUAUCAACACCUCAAGAUUAACAACUCAUACGUUUACCCAGACUGGGCGUACACACUAGGAUGGGCCAUGACUCUGUCGUCUGUUCUCAUGGUACCACUGUUCGCAGCUGUACAGAUGUAUUUAACACCAGGCACCUUCAGACAGCGUUUGCUCGUCCUUUGUCGUCCUGUUGAAGAGGCAGUGAAGCAGACAGAAAAUGAGGCAAUGAAACUAAGUGGUGACAACUGUAAAGCUGAAGCCCUCUGCGGGAACCGUGUCUCCAGUUCACUUAAAACUUAAGGUUAAAAACCUUUUCAGCUCUCAUAACUUUGUAGUAAUCAGCGAUGAUUUAUUAAUAAAUUAACAAUUAAAU